UUCCCAUAUCCAGCCUCUCAUUCUUCACAGAGCAUCUUCCAGGAAGCUUCAGCUUGUCCGAUGCUCCUCUGAAAUGCCGAGAAGAGAGACAAUCCUAUCUGUCCUUUUGUGACAGAGAGGAAGAGCAGGAGGAGGAAGGCAGCGAGAGGGAGCGCAGGGAGGAGGGAGAGAGGUCCAGCGGGGGGAGGAGAGAAAGGGGGAAGCGGCAGUAGAGAGGAGCAGACAUGGCUUCUAAAGAGCUUACAGCCUCUGGUUUCGUCAGUGUGAGCAAAGACAUUACAGAGAGCAUCAGGAAAAUCAUUGAUAAAUCUUUGAUUAAGUUCGUUUGUGGAAUUAAGCUUGACACUAAAAGUGGAAAAACGGAGGACAGAUUCCUGGUGCUCACAACAUGGCGCCUGUAUUUCCUGGCUCCGAAGAUCCCCGCUAAGGCGGAAACAACCUUCAAUUUUUUGGAGAUCAGAGCUUUGAGUUCUCAUCCUGAACACCAGGUUAUCAUCGACACAGACAAGUCCAGCCACUCUCUGCGGUUUGAGUCCCGCGAUCAUCUCAGCCAUGUGGUCAGCCAUAUCAACUUUGCUCUGUCUCGAAUUUUCAACAACUCCAUUUUUGCCCCGUCCAUAUGUCACUCAGACAGUGACCUUUCCGAGGGCAGCAGGAAGUAUUCGCCCAGCUCCGAGACUUCGGUGGAGACUCAGAGAGCCUGUGGAGGCUUCUCGGAGACCUAUGCCGCUCUGUGUGACUAUAAUGGCAUCAGCUGCAAGGAGGAAGUGCAGUGGGAUGUGGACACCAUUUAUCAUUCCCAGGACAACAGAGAGUUUAACCUCCUGGACUUCAGCCACCUGGAAAGCAGAGAUUUGGCCGUCAUUGUUGCAUCAAUGGCCUACAACACAUGGUUCACCAAACUGUAUUGCAAAGACCUUCGCCUGGGGUCAGAGGUCACUGAGCAGGUCCUGCACACGGUCAGCAAAUCGUCCUGCUUGGAGGAACUGACCCUGGAGAAUGCGGGGCUAAAAUCAGACUUUCCACAGAAGAUGUCAGCAGCUCUUUCAGAGAACCCUUCCUCAGUCAUCCACUCGCUCAACCUGUCCCACAACUCUCUGGACAACCAAGGCGUGUCCAACUUGAUCCAGCAGCUGUGUCGUCUCAGCAAAGGUCUUCGUCUCCUCAACCUGUCCAAGACGUCUCUCACCUCGAAAGGUCUGGUGUGUCUGUCUCAGGCUCUGUGCUCCAGCGAUGAAUACUCCAACUCCCUCCUGCACCUGGACUUGAGCAAAAACCCAGGGAUCCUCUCAGGGGAGGACGCCUCGAACUUGUAUGUCUUCUUGUCUCAGCCCAACUGCCUGGUCCACUUGGAUCUGUCAGGCACAGAUUGCUGUGUUGACUCUCUAUUUGGGGCUCUUCUAAGGGGGUGUUGCGCUGAUCUUUCCUUUCUGAAUCUUUCCAAAAAUGCCUUCUCCCACAGGAAAUUGAAGGAUACGUUGCCGUUGUUUCGACAGUUCUUCAGCUCAGCCUUCAGCCUCACUCACGUCAACCUUUCCUCUAUGAAACUGCCUCCUGAUGUCUUGAGGGCUCUUCUGACAGGGCUGACCUCCAAUCCUCAUAUCAACGAUCUUCAUCUGGACAUCAGCAGCUGCGAGCUAAGAUCUGCGGGGGCUUCUGUAAUCCAGGAACUCCUCCCCAGAGUCUCAUCCAUCGCUACGCUGGACAUCUCUGACAACGGUUUGGACACAGACCUUCUCACGCUACUGCCUGCCCUGUCCAGACACCCCUCCCUGAAACACCUCCACAUGGGCCGAAACUUCAACAUCAAAAACAGGGUUCUGGAUGAAGUCUUGCAGAAGCUUGUUCAACUAAUACAGGAGGAAGAAUGUGCCCUGCAGUCGCUGUCCCUGUCUGACUCACGUCUGCGCUCUCGGGGAACUGUGCUGGUCAAUGCCUUAGGCAGCAACACCUGCCUGAGAAAGGUUGACCUGAGCGGGAACAGCAUGGAGGACAUCGGAGCCAAGAUGCUCAGCAAAGCCCUGCAGAUCAACACCACUCUCAGGAGUGUGACAUGGGAUCGCAACAACACUUCUGCAGCGGGGUUCCUGGAUGUGGCACGAGCUCUUGAACAUAAUUUCACCUUGCAGUACAUGCCUCUGCCUCUCAGCGACAUCAGCCAGGCUUACCGCAGCGCACCUGAGAGGACCGAGCUGGCUCUCACCAAGAUCCAGCGUGCUCUGGUGAGGAACAACCAAACCCAGCGCUUCUCCCAGAAACAGGCGCUGCGGCUGCACCAAGGCUUGGUCACCAGCACAGCUGAACAGGUGAUGGAGCGUCUCAGUGUGCGCGUCCAGCAGCAGGUGUGUUUGUUGCGAGGCAUCGGAGAGAAGGAAGAGAUUCAGGCUGCAAAGCAAGUCCUGAAAGAGGCCAAGAACUCCCGCGCUCUGUACCCGUCACUGUGCGAGCUGGCUCAUGUGCUGUCUGUGGACGGUCCAGUGCGGCAGAGGCUGGACUCGCUGGCCGGUGAACUCGCCAGAGCUGCUGAUAAGGAGCUGCAGGUGAUCGUGGACUCAAUGGUGUCUCUCUGUCGCGAGCUCUGUCCGUUAUCUUCUUCUGCAGCAGAGAGAUUAACUCCCCCGCUCUCAUCCGUCUCCGAGCGCGUGUCCAUCCCUCGCUCUGCAAUCCGCACCGCCCUCAUGGAGAGGGCAGCACAGGACAUUCACCGAGCUCUGGAAGAAGUAAAGCUGUCUGUGGUUUCCUAUCUCACCAACUCCAUCGUGGACCAAAUCCUGCAGGAGCUCUACAGCACUCAUAAGACUCUGAGCCAGCAGGUGUCUCAGCUCAAAUGCUGGGAGGAGGGAACAGCUUGGAGGUUUAACAGACACAGAGACUCUCUGGACAUCACGGACGAAGAGCUGGGCACCAGCAUCGACACAAUAGCCAUUAAGAAGCGCAGCUCCAGAACCAGGAGAAUAAGACCCGUCUCCACCAGGCUGAGUCUGUGUGAUGACUCCAGCUCCUCUCCGCCCCCGUCUGUGCCAUCGUACUCGUCGCCCCUGUCCCACUCGGCAUCCUGUGACGGGCUGUCUGAGCUGCCCACCCAGGGUCUGCCGCUCCAUCAUGUGACACGAGUUCGACCCAGGCCGCCACGGAGGCACAAGGGGGGCCACAUUCCUGCUGACACGCCCUGCAGUGAAAAUGGAGGGAUAAGCCCUUUGGAUGAUGGACUCCCGGAUUUCUACACCAAAAGAGUUCUGCCUGACAGUCAGCUCUCGUCUCUGCACAAAGCACACUCUCUGAGGCGGAAGAAGAGGAGGAACAUGCUGGCCAUCUUUGGCUUCCGCAAAAACCGCAACCAAACUCUGUCCAAUCAGGGCCCGGAGUCGGAAGCAGAGCUCUUUGGCGAUGGGUGUCACACUGUUGCCACGGCCCCCACAGGGACAGCCUUGGAGAAUGUUUACACCCUCCUCCAGCCUCCACGCCCUGCUGCCAGAGUGGGAUCUCCCAGCAAGGGGUCUGAUGGGAAAAUGAACGACUAUCAGGGGAAAAGUGGUCUUGUUGUGAGUCCACCACCUGUGCCAAGCAUCCCUCACCCAGGAAAACACCCCUUCUAUUCUCCCAGAGAGAUCUCUGAAGUAGACGCUGUGUUUGAACAGCCGGGAGAGAUGGACAAGUACUGGGCUGAUGACAAACAGAGGGCAACAGAAGUGCUUCUGGCGGACAAAGAGUGGAUGAUGGAGGCCCGGCCCGGAAGGGACAAAGACAGAACUUUUGGAGAAUUCAGAAUGACAGACAGACAAGCCGAGAAGUACUGGACUGAGAGCAGACACAUGGAGAAACAGUGGACAGUGGACAGACACACCCAGAGACAGAUUGACAGGAAAAUGGAGAGACAGUGGAUGGGUGGCAGACAGAUGGAAAGGUCGUGGUCAGAGAGCAAACAGAUGGACGUACAAGUGGACGGUCAAUGGACGGAGAGCAGACAGCUAAGCAGAAAGACAGACAGACAAGUCAAAGCGUUUCAUUUGUGCCAAAGGCCGUUGCCUCCGUAUCCGUCGGACAGGACGCCCUCGCCAAACCAGGAGGACGAUGCCCCGAAAAGAGAGGAAGAGGCAGUAGACUGGUCCCCACAGAACAUGGACGGCCACAAAGGCGCGAGUCCCGAUGCGGGAGGAGGUCCAGCUGAAGGAUGGAGGAGCAGUACAGGAGGAGGUGUCAGUCGUGUCUGUUUAUCGAAACCGGAUCCUCCACCACAAAGUAGUAAACCCAACCUGUCCAAGCUGAGGCAGAGGCCCCGACGAGAGAGCUCAGACGCUCUUCCAGAGGAGGACGGAGAUGAGGGGACGGAUUGUGAAAGAGUUGAGAGGAAAGAGAAAGAAAAACUACAAGAUUCUGACGGUCAACCCCUUUCAGCUCUUGAAAAGUUCUCUUCUCAGUCGAAAAGCUCUUCGCAUUUCAUUUUUCCAAAGGAGUCGGAGUGGAACCUGCCUCCCCCUCCUGUUCCACCUCCCAUCAACAAGCAUGGGCUGCCGGACAGAGCUGCAAGUCAAGGUGAUGAGGGGCUGAGGCCUCAGGCUCCAGUGAAACCUCAGAGGAACAGGAAGGCGAUGUCCUGUGAUGCAGGCACUGACAGGGAAAGCCCUAAUAACCUUGAGAAGCCCCAACAUCGCAAACCCCCAGUGAAAAAACCUAGACUGCCACAGAACAGAAAUAAGUCUCUGGACUUGUCUGAGAGCAUCCCCUCGCCGCCUGAUCAGAGUGAGCUGUUGUGAUGCUUGAGACGUCCGCCUAUGGUUGUCAUGACAUCAGUGGAGAAUUUCAUGCAGCAGAUAAACAAACAGGAUGGCGGGUCUGGGAGAAAACACGACAGGCAUUAUAGAGCAGCAGUCAUGCAUCCCUGCUCCAACGCUCACUUUCUCAUCCCAACCACGUCUUGUCUUUUUGCUUUGCCCUCACCUGCUCAACUUUUUUUGUGGCGUCAGUCAUUUAUCAGCAUUUGCUUCUUCAGCAAAGCCUAGGUGUGCUCCGAUGCUUUGCUAGAAAGAUAAAAAGGUUUCCUCAGUAGAAUGUGAUUUCUUAAACUUGCGGUGCAUUUGAUCGUUAAUCUGGUUUGGUUGCCUUGAUUGACACUUAAAAUGAGUUGCUUCUUAUUAAAUAAAACUUGAUGAUUUAUACACAGUUUUGCUUUCAGGAACUGAAAGGUGAUAUAUUUUAUAGAGAAAACAAAUAUUAUGUAUGAGCUCCUUCACUGUAUGAAUAAAACACAAGGAAAAAAAA